CUUCCCUUGUCCCUUCUUUUUAGUGUUUGGAGUUCUCUACUUAUUUUGGUGUUUAUGGUGUUUUCUGGUUUUGGUUCUACUUCUUUUCACCGUCACAGCUGGAGGUCAGUUGUUGGGUGGAGAUGAUGUGGUGGAGCUAAAGACAUUCUUGCCCACGAGGAGCCGGUGGUUGAUAUUCCGCUUUGGAUCCCUUUGAUAUAAAUAUUGUGGUCUGAUAACAACCCUGCGGUUAAUAUCGGAUAUGAUCUAAUGUUUGAUGAUAUCAGCAAAGCUGUGACCGACCCCUGUCCAACAAAAGGUCAUAUAGUUGUCCUGUGUCUUCUAUUCAUAGGCAGGUUGAGAGUUCGGUUGGGUGGGUUAUUAUGUUCUCUGCCAUCUAAAGCAGUACCAGUACUCACCCGCUUUCUGUUCAGCACUCUCUAUAGGUCACCAGUACCAGUACUCACCCGCUUUCUGUUCAGCACUCUCUAUAGGUCACCAGUACCAGUACUCACCCGCAUUCUGUUCAGCGCUCUCUAUAGGUCACCAGUACCAGUACUCACCCGCUUUCUGUUCAGCACUCUCUAUAGGUCAGCAGUACCAGUACUCACCCGCAUUCUGUUCAGCACUCUCUAUAGGUCACCAGUACCAGUACUCACCCGCAUUCUGUUCAGCACUCUCUAUAGGUCACCAGUACCAGUACUCACCCGCUUUCUGUUCAGCACUCUCUAUAGGGUACCAGUACUCACCCGCUUUCUGUUCAGCACUCUCUAUAGGUCAGCAGUACCAGUACUCACCCGCUUUCUGUUCAGCACUCUCUAUAGUUCACCAGUACCAGUACUCACCCGCUUUCUGUUCAGCACUCUCUGUAGGUCACCAGUACCAGUACUCACCCGCUUUCUGUUCAGCACUCUCUAUAGGUCACCAGUACCAGUACUCACCCGCUUUCUGUUCAGCACUCUCUAUAGGUCACCAGUACCAGUACUCACCCGCUUUCUGUUCAGCACUCUCUAUAGGUCACCAGUACCAGUACUCACCCGCUUUCUGUUCAGCACUCUCUAUAGGUCAGCAGUACCAGUACUCACCCGCUUUCUGUUCAGCACUCUCUAUAGGUCAGCAGUACCAGUACUCACCCGCUUUCUGUUCAGCACUCUCUAUAGGUCAGCAGUACCAGUACUCACCCGCUUUCUGUUCAGCACUCUCUAUAGGUCACCAGUACCAGUACUCACCCGCUUUCUGUUCAGCACUCUCUAUAGGUCACCAGUACCAGUACUCACCCGCUUUCUGUUCAGCACUCUCUAUAGGUCAGCAGUACCAGUACUCACCCGCUUUCUGUUCAGCACUCUCUAUAGGUCAGCAGUACCAGUACUCACCCGCUUUCUGUUCAGCACUCUCUAUAGGUCAGCAGUACCAGUACUCACCCGCUUUCUGUUCAGCACUCUCUAUAGGUCACCAGUACCAGUACUCACCCGCUUUCUGUUCAGCACUCUCUAUAGUUCACCAGUACCAGUACUCACCCGCUUUCUGUUCAGCACUCUCUAUAAGUCACCAGUACCAGUACUCACCCGCUUUCUGUUCAGCACUUUCUAUAGGUCGCCAGUACCAGUACUCACCCGCUUUCUGUUCAGCACUCUCUAUAGGUCACCAGUACCAGUACUCACCUGCUUUCUGUUCAGCACUCUCUAUAGGUCAGCAGUACCAGUACUCACCCGCUUUCUGUUCAGCACUCUCUAUAGGUCACCAGUAACAGUACUCACCCGCUUUCUGUUCAGCACUCUCUAUAGGUCACCAGUACCAGCACUCACCCACAUUCUGUUCAGCACUCUCUAUAGGUCAGCAGUACCAGUACUCACCCACUUUCUGUUCAGCACUCUCUAUAGGUCACCAGUACCAGUACUCACCCGCAUUCUGUUCAGCACUCUCUAUAGGUCACCAGUACCAGUACUCACCCGCAUUCUGUUCAGCACUCUCUAUAGGUCAGCAGUACCAGUACUCACCCACUUUCUGUUCAGCACUCUCUAUAGAUCAGCAGUACCAGUACUCACCCGCAUUCUGUUGAGCACUCUCUAUAGGUCAGCAGUACCAGUAUUCACCCGCAUUCUGUUCAGCACUCUCUAUAGGUCAGCAGUACCAGUACUCACCCGCUUUCUGUUCAGCACAUCUCUCUCUAUAGGUCACCAGUACCAGUAUUCACCCGCAUUCUGUAGGUCAGUAGUACCAGUACUCACCCGCUUUCUGUUCAGCACAUCUCUCUCUAUAGGUCAGCAGUACCAGUACUCACCCGCUUUCUGUUCAGCACAUCUCUCUCUAUAGGUCACCUUCAUUCUCAUAAGCACAAUGACUAGAAGGAGGUUUGUGGUCAGUAAGGUCGCU